AGGCGGAAACGCAAAUGGGGAGUGUCAGGAAAAUACUUGUAGGCUAUUGUUAAUGAAUGAUUUUUAUGAAAGUUGUUAUUGUUAGUGCCUUAGCGCUGGGACUGUAAAGCUUAAAAACUCCUGCUAUAGAUAGACAUUUCACGAUCUGUAGUAUGUACCGUUGUAAUAAAGCACCUGUCUGGUUAGACACGCCCCUUUUACGAAGUUUCACUUCGUCAAAGUAAGCGGAAAGACUUUGAAGUGGAAUUUCGCCGUUGUUCUUGUUGGCGAAAUACAUCUCCUCACGGACAGGUUUUCGUAAAGUAGUUUGUUGUGAUGCAGGGUGAGGGGUCAUGCCCUCAAUGCCUCACAGAAGAUGACAUGACAGAGGGGGAUCUGGGUGAUGGCAUGGGGGCCAGAUCCAGAGGACAUCAUGACCAUCUCCCACAAAUGAAGAACAGGGGGAGGUUUCUGGACUUCUUGUCCCAGUCACGGCCAAUCAAAGGGGGCAGCGAGAGAAGCAAUGGACCCUUUUCUUGGACAUCAUGCAGAGCUAUGUAUGCUGCUUUUAGGGAAGAACUGGAAGUUGAACGAGUUGCACAGCGGGAGAAAAGACAGUCGGAAAGCUCUUCUGAGGACACAAGUGAAGAGCUACAGAGAAGAUUACAGGAGGUCACAGAGGAAGUGGAGCUGUUACGCACCGAACUGGAGGUCACUCAUCGUCACCUGGAGGGGAAACAUGAGGCUCUUAGGAUCUUGCAAGGACAGGCAAUCUUGGACAAAGCAACUUGUCAUACUAAAAUAUUGCUUCAGAAGAGUGAAGAGAGGACCAAGGCCCUAGAAAAGGAGGUUAAUGCACUGCAGUGGGAGAUCACCUUCAACCAGGUGCAAUUCAAGAAUGUGGAAAACUCAUGGAGUUUAAAGUAUGAGAGGGUGUUGGCAGAAAAUGAAGCCCUAAAGAAAGCACUAGAGGAGAGAAUGAAAGAGCAUCAGGAGCAAAAGACAGAGAAUGCAUCUCUGAGCCAGAAAUGUCUGGAGCUCCUGUCCAUGCUUAGUGCUAAGGAAAGAAGGGACUUCCAGCGAACCCAGCCUUCUUGCAGCCUGAGAACAGACGGUUCUGCUCUGGAGUUGGCGGUGUAUGGGGCAUGUCAGUGUAACUCUAAUGGGGGUGAGCCAUGCUCUUGUGCUAGAAGUGCUGCUGCAAGUCGCAAACAGGUUCUCCAGCUCAAGCAAGAGCUGGAGCAGCAGCAGAAGAGGAAGGAGGAGGCUUACGUCAUGAUGGAUGCUUUCCGCAUCGCCUUUGAGCAGCAGCUUAGGAGAGUCGGUGAGAACGUGCUCCGACAGGCUGAGACCGACAGACACCAGCCGCAUUACCAAAGGCAUGAGAGAGGGAGGCAAGGGUCUCUCAGUGUAGGUGAAAGACUGAAAAAAUUUCUGCCCACAACAAGUGAAGAAAAGAUAACAGCUGAUUCAAAUGAAACACUGCAUAUGCUGCUUGAUCUGUUAAAUGACAAAGAGGAGGCCUUGGCACAUCAGAGGAAGGUGAGCUACAUGUUGGCACGAAACACUGAAGACUUGGAAAAACGUCUCCAGAUGCAGCUAGAGGAGCUGGAACUCUCACACAAAGACAGUAAAACAAAAACAGAGGCUUCUGAGGAGAGUGAAUUUAGCAGAGGAGGAGACUGUAGAUGCUCUGCAGACAGCCAUGGAUCACAACAACUCACUGUUCCUGACAGCCCUACAGCUGAUGAUGAGCAGCAGACCUCCAAAUCCACUGAAAUGAGAGACACUAAACCUGACAAUAAAGAUGUUUAAAAGAAUGAGAAAAGAA